CCCAUUUCCCGCCAAAAUGCAGAUCCCUAAAUCUCAAACCCUAAUAACUCGAAACCCUAACCUUCAAAAUUAACUGAAACAAAGAGAAAGAAGAAGCAAAACUUCAAGAAUUAAAUAAUGAAGGGGCGAUCACUGAAGCUUCGAGAAGCUCACAAGACCAACGGCAUCGCCUCGGUCUGCUCGAUCCUUUGGUCCGGCGACGGCCACCGCCUGAUCACCCGCCGCCGCGUCCGAUCCGUCCAUCUCAUCCACGAUCAAUCGCAGCCGUCGAAGGCCGCCACCUCCCUCCGCUAUCACAAGGAUGGGGUCACCGCCCUCGCUCUUAGCCCUAAUUCUACUUCUCUCGCUUCUGGAUCCAUCGAUCACUCUGUCAAGCUCUACACUUUUCCAGAUGGAGAGUUUCAGAGCAAUGUAACAAGAUUCACUUUGCCGAUACGAUGCCUUGCCUUUAAUAAAUCUGGUAGCUUAUUAGCUGCUGCUGGUGACGAUGAUGGCAUCAAGUUGAUUGCUACAGUAGAUAGUUCAAUCUCUAGGGUCCUCAAGGGCCAUAAAGGGUCUGUAACUUGUCUAGCUUUCGAUCCAAAAAACCAGUAUUUAGCAUCCGUUGAUGGUUUCGGCACUGUAAUAUUUUGGGAACUCUCAAGUGGAAGACAAAUUCAUACCUUGAGAGGUGUAGCCCCAAAUUGUGAAGCAGAUGACUCCCUCCUAAAUCUUCUUAGUUGGAGCCCUGAUGGAGAAACUCUGGCUGUUCCUGGUUUGAGAAAUGAGGUGGUGAUGUACGAUAGAGACACAGCCGAGAAGUUGUUUACACUGAAGGGAGAUCAUGAGAAAACUGUAUGUUUUCUUUCUUGGUCGCCCAAUGGGAAGUAUAUGGCUACUUCUGGUCUAGAUAAACAAGUUUUGAUCUGGGAUAUUGAUCAGAGGCAGGAUAUUGACAGACAGAAGUUUGAUGAUAGGAUAUGUUGCUUAGCUUGGAAACCAAAUGGGAAUUCUUUGGCGGUUAUUGAUACCAUGGGCAAAUUUAGUUUGUGGGAGUCUCCAGUUCCGACGUGUAUGAAAUCUCCUACAGAUGGUACCCCUAGCCUGAAUGAGAAUGGAUUUAUCUUAUUUGAUGAUGAUGAAGAUGAUCAUGAUGCUCAUAAGUCUGACAGUUUGGAUGAUGAUAUAGAAGAUGGUCAUGGUGAAUCUUUUCUGAGUAGCCGGAAAAGAUUUAGGAAGCAGUCCCAUUUAGAUGAAAACACUGAUGAUAAUAGUGAUGGAGAAGAGGGAUUACUUCGUCAGAUUGAAUCACGUAAAAGAAGCUCUACUAAGCGAAAGGAGAAUGUUGGCAUUGGAACAGAACACUGUGUCACUUCAAGGAACUCUUCAAGUUCAAAAAUGCAGGAUGCUUUCCAAUCGGGUGCAACUCCUGUGCAGGCUGGGAAACGGCGAUUUCUUGCCUACAAUAUGCUUGGAAGUAUAACAACAAUUGAAAACGAGACAUAUUCCCAUAUAGAGGUUGAUUUUCAUGAUACUGGGAGAGGUCCUAGGGUUCCCUCAAUGACUGAUCAUUUUGGCUUCACGAUGGCUUCUCUAAAUGAAAAUGGGAGCAUCUUUGCAAAUCCAUGCAAGGGAGAAAAGAACAUGAGUACUCUGAUGUAUCGGCCUUUCGGUAGUUGGGCUAGUAAUAGUGAGUGGUCAAUGCGGUUUGAAGCAGAGGAAGUGAAGGCUGUAGCCCUUGGUACUGGUUGGGUGGCUGCAGUUACAAAUCUUAAUUUUCUUCGCAUCUUCACGGAGGGUGGGUUGCAGAGGCAUAUUAUCUCUCUUAAUGGUCCAGUGGUAACAGCAGCAGGAUACAAGGACGAAGUGGCUGUUGUUACUCAUGUUUCAGACUGUCUUCCAUCAGGAGAUCAGGUUCUAGAAGUUAAAGUGUUUAACAUCUCUGAAAGAACUCAGACCAUCACAUCUCGUCUUCCUUUGACUCCCAAUGCUUGUUUAUCAUGGUUUGGCUUUAGUGAAGAGGGACAGUUAAGUGCGUACGACUCCAAGGGGGUACUCAGAGUGUUCGGUAACCUAUAUGGAGGCACUUGGCUUCCAAUCUUCAGUGCUAGCAAAGCAAAGAAGUCUGAAGACGAAAACUAUUGGGUAGUCGGUUUAAACGCAAGCAAGCUGUUCUGUAUUGUGUGCAAUUUUCCUGAAAGUUACCCAACAGUAGGACUAUACUCUUCUCUGCACCUGUUGAAUUUUCAUUUUCCUCUUGCCUCUUCUGAUCUUGGUGCUGAUGAACUUGAAAAUGAGUUCAUAAUCAGGAACCUGCAACUCUCACAGGCUCAGAAGAAAAUUGAAGAGGUGGCAGCCUCUGGGCUGGACACAACUAUACUUGAGGACGAGACCUUCAACAUGGAAGCUUCUAUAGACCGAUGCAUCUUGAGGCUUAUUGCCAGUUGUUGCAAUGCUGAUAAGCUUGUGAGGGCGAUUGAACUAGCAAGGCUGCUAACUUUGAAGAAAUCACUGAUGGGUGCAAUAAAGCUUGCUACAACGUUGAAGCUUCCCCUACUUGCAGAGAGAUUCAAUGGAAUACUGGAGGAGAGAUUGUCAAAUGAAUGUAGAGAGGCUAAUAUCACAAACACGCAACUCCUAAAAUCUUCACCUGCAUCUGAAAUCAAAAGAACUGCAGAGCCGUCAACAACAUUACCCUUGGCAUCUUCGUCUCAUUCUCACUUUUCCAAGCAUGGAAAAUUGGAACAGAGUACUAUAUCCGGAGUGAUUGAACCCUGCAAGAACAUGAAAGGGGGAGUUUCAAAAGUGGGAGCUCAAACGGCAGCGGAUCCAUUUGCGAAGGCACCAAGUAACCAAGAGAAAGCAGAAAUCAAUGCAAAAAAGGAUAGCAAACAUCGCAAUGCUGCUAGUGAAAAUUCAAAAGAACAAGUCAAUCAUAAAUUUCAAAAAGUUACAACUGAAGGGGUUUCUGAUAUUGGAAGCAACGAGAAACAAUGUAUUCGACCUACAAAUCCAUUUGCAAAGUCAUCAAACAACCAGGAUAAAUCUUCUCUUUUUGAUUCCAUCAAGAAAAUGAGGAAAGCAGACAUUGAGAAGAAUGAGAAGGUUAGCAGCAAGAAGGCCAAGGCUUAGAAGAUGUAAAGAUCGAUAGUCGGUCUUUGUUUUUCUGCUUCAUGAUAUACCUGAAGUCAAAUGGAUUACCUGAAGCCAUUUGAUAUUACCUGAAGCCAUUUGAUAUCCCUUGUCACUAAAGUUACAAGAUCAAAAAUCAUUUUGUUUAUAUGAUGUCAGUACCAGUUCAGAAUAGUUCAGAAAAUUAAUAUUGGCUGCUCCAACUGAUUUCGUUGUCAUAUAAGAAUCUUGAUCAUUCAUUGUUUUCUUGUGCAAUACUUGUAAGACUAUUGAUAUGUAAGUAAGUUUUUCAAUUAUUGGCCAAGAAGCAUCCAAAGUUUGCAGAUAGUCAA